CGAGACUUGCGUGAGGCAACAUGGCGGCGUGUUUGAAGUUUGACUACUGUUAAAAUAUGUUCGGAAACCGUGAUUCGCUACAAACUAUGUUAACUGUUAAUUACAAAUAAUGGUAUUUCAUGUUUUACGGUAACAAAUAUGACGGAAGAGACAUUUAAUUAUGAGCUUUAACAGAAAAACUUCCAAAAGUGGGCAGGCUACAUUACUCACGCUUUGGUCUGAUAAUGGGGACAGUAUUGAUGGAGAAGAUUUUAAAGACAGUGAACAGUCGCAACCUGUAUCAAACAAGAGAGCUCAGUGGAUUAGCUCUUCUUUUGAUGACUUUGGUCAAAACUCUGGUGAGAAAAAAUCAAGCUUUUCUACUGCCAACAAAGGAGGCAAGAAAAGGCCCAGAGAUACGCAGGCCAAUAAGUCAACUGUGAAAACGAGUCAGAAGCCACGCAAGAUUGAGAUUGAAACAGAAAUAUGGGCUGAUGUGCACAAGCCUAAGCUACAGGCGGAUCUUGCUGUUCAUAAGAAGAAGAUAGCAGAAGUAGAGUUAUGGCUACAACAGCAUAUAUCUCAUACUGCACACAUAGUAAGUAUAGAUAUUGUCUCGUGA